CACCAUCCCGAUCGAAUUCACGUAUGUAGCAAAGCACAGGUUAAACCCUCUCCUUCGUAAUCACCAGCGUCCUCUGCUUUCGCCAUGCACGCUGCACCCGCGCCCCCACUACAGCUGUCCACCUAACCUUGUCACCCACACGUACGCGCGCGCGCAAGCGCUAACCCUACCGCGCGCGGCGCUCAAAGCUGGCCAUGGACACGCCGCGGCCGCGGUCACCACGUCCACCCUCCCCACUGUCUAAGCCGACCGCACUUCUCCCUACCCCACCGCUGCCCCUCUCCGCCGCCGCCUCUCCUUCGCGCGACUUCUCCUUCGCCUUCUCUUCCUCCUCCUCUCCCUUCGGCGGCAACCUCCCUCCCCUCUCCAUGUCCCGCAACCCCGUCGGCCGCGUCGGCAGCGACCUCGGCCACAACAACUACUCCCAAACAAGCCGCCAUCGAACCACGAGCUACGGUACCGGCGGCGCCAGCAAGGACAGGGACAGGGACAAGAACAGGGCCUCUCCUUUCUUUUCCGGCCUCGGCGGCGCGUGGAGGAAGGAGAGCAGCAGCAGCGACGCGACCGGCAAGCAGCAGGCUGAGGAGAAGAGGAAGGAUAAGGCUAAGAGAGCGCUGGACGUGGGCCAGUGGGUGAAGAGGUACAUGACGUCCAUGGUAGAGCAGCUGCGCGCCUCCUUCUCCCGGAAGACGGAGAGGGAGAGGCGGGAGCAGCGGCGCAGGCCGCACUCAUUCUCGGGGCACGGUCCGAACGCUACGAGGGAGAUGAGGGAGCGGGAACUGUGGAGGCGGCGGCGGGGGCAGCUGUCGUCAGCGCCGGCGUCGCUGCGAGUGUCACCGGCGAACAGCGGGCACCUGUCGGUGGGCGGGUCGGUGAAGGUGUCGACGUCGGAGGAGGAGAACACGAUGGAGGAGCUGCAGAGCGCCAUCGAGGCCGCCAUCGCUCACUGCAAGAACUCCAUCUCCGUGGCCAAGCCGACGACGGCCGGCGGGGAGACACGAAGCUUCAGUAAACCGUAGUAGGUAGGGGCGGUGCCGCGCGUGCGACGUACGUGCUGCACGUGUGGCCGCUGGGCGUGCGUGUCGCGCGCGGUUUGCAGUAGCUUUGUAAAUCAGGAGUUGGGGGUGGUCGGGUUCCAUCUCACGCACCUACAUGUAAAUUAAGAUGUGAGAACAGACGAAAAGCGGUGUUCAGAUUCAAGACUUGGUGAUUUUUUUUUUAUUGAA